CUUGAAAUGUCCGUUGCCUCUUCAGUUUGCUUGAGAUACAUCUCUGAAUCCAUUUCUACAGUAUGCACUACCCAGUCCUCUUUCUCAUCACCCACAAGUAAUAUACGUACAGAGCCUCUAAAUCCUUUAGCCUCCAUAACACUAGCAGUCUCCGGUGGUGAAGAUGAUAUUCCAGACCAACAUAACUGGAAUCUCACCCAUUAACAAGAACAACAAAAUUUUUGGAGAUAAUUAUUUUGGAGGUAAUGAAGCAGGCAACUCAAAUGAAUGGUUGAACUUGAGCAUCAGUCGGCCAGGGGAUUUUGUAGAUAUAGAACAGGUUUCUUUGUCAAAUUCAAUUCCCAACAAGGUUUUCCCAUGUAACUUCUGCAAGAGAAAGUUCCAGAGCUCGCAAGCACUGGGUGGCCACCAGAAUGCCCACAAGAGGGAAAGAGGAGCAAUCAGAAGGUACCAGUAUGAGAGACAAAUGUCAGCGAAUGAUAUGUUUACUAGUAAAACAGCUGCUCUUUCACUUGGUGUUCAGGCCUAUUCACUUGUCCACAAACCAUAUAGAGAAAGGAAUGCCAUGAUUGCAAGAUUCAACAAUGUUAACCAGAGAUAUAAGGUAGAAUGGAAAGCAAUCGUUCCUGAAGAGGCAACAAUGGUAAAUUGGCCAGGAAGCUUUCGCAUACCCUCGGACCAGAACAGUCAGCCAUCAGACUUGCUUAAAGUUGACCUCACUCUGCGUCUUUGAGACUUCCAUCUAUUUCGCUGCCGCUGUCAUCUUGAAUUCUAAUGCUAACUAUGCAAAUACCUGCUUCAUUCAUUUUCGUUUGAUAAGCAGCAAUUUGGAGCUAAGUAUUGAGUAAUUUGGUUGAAACUCAUUGUAGAGAGCUUCGCAGUACAGCGAAAAUGAAUGCUGAAAAGGUUUGCUCCACUUGACAGAAUGGCUAGUUAACUCAAAAUGCAGGUUUGUAAAACAGUUGUAAGUGCUUCUCUAAUGUAAAGCAAUCGAACA